AUGACAGUUAAACCUACACACAAUGUUGUUCAUGAAGCUAAUGGUGUAGAUUUCAGAGAAACACCAGCUCAAUUCUUUGCCAGACAACCAAACAAUGGUCCAAUUACCGAUUUGCAACAUUAUAGGGAAUUGUACCAGAAAUCAAUUUCUGAUCCUGAAGGGUUUUUUGGUCCAUUGGCCAAAGAGCUUUUGACAUGGGACAGAGAUUUCCACAAGAUCAAGUCCGGUAGUUUGAAAAAUGGUGAUGCUGCUUGGUUUUUGGGUGGUGAAUUGAAUGCCUCAUUCAAUUGUGUUGAUAGGCACGCAUUUGCCAAUCCUGACAAGCCAGCUUUGAUUUACGAAGCUGAUGAUGAGAAGGAUUCAUACACUGUUACUUAUGGUGAAUUGUUAAGAGAAGUUUCCAAAGUUGCUGGUGUUUUACAAAGUUGGGGUGUUGGUAAAGGUGAUACUGUUGCUAUUUACUUGCCCAUGAAUGCUCAAGCCAUUAUCGCGAUGUUGGCUGUCACAAGACUAGGUGCUGCUCAUUCAGUAAUCUUUGCUGGUUUUUCAUCUGGUUCAAUCAAAGACAGGGUUAAUGAUGCUAGUUGCAAAGCAUUGAUUACAUGCGAUGAAGGUAAAAGAGGUGGAAAGAUUGUCAAUAUCAAAAAAUUGUGUGAUGAUGCAUUGGUUCAUUGUCCAAGUGUUGAAAAAGUCUUGGUUUAUAAAAGAACUGGUAACGAAGAGAUUACAUUGAAAGAAGGUAGGGAUUUUUAUUGGGAUGUUGAAUCUGCCAAGUUUCCAGGUUAUAUUCCUCCAGUACCAGUCAAUUCUGAGGACCCUUUGUUUUUAUUAUAUACCUCGGGAUCUACUGGUACACCAAAGGGAGUUGUUCACACUACUGCUGGGUUCUUAUUGGGAGCUGCAAUGACCACAAAGUAUGUUUUUGAUGUACAAAAAGAUGACGUCCUUUUCACAGCUGGUGAUGUCGGUUGGAUCACUGGCCACACCUAUGCCCUUUAUGGUCCAUUAUUAUUGGGUGUCCCAUCAAUCAUUUUUGAAGGUACUCCAGCAUAUCCAAACUAUGGUAGGUUUUGGCAAAUUGUUGAAAAACACAAAGCUACUCAUUUCUAUGUUGCUCCUACAGCUUUGAGAUUGUUGCGUAAGGCUGGUGAACAAGAGAUUCAAAAAUACAAUUUGUCCUCAUUGAGAAUGUUGGGUUCAGUUGGAGAGCCAAUUUCACCAGAUAUUUGGGAAUGGUACAAUGAACAUGUUGGAAAGAAUGAAUGUCAUAUUUCCGAUACAUAUUGGCAAACUGAAUCAGGAUCUCAUUUGAUUGCGCCAUUGGCCGGUGUUACUCCAAACAAGCCAGGCUCUGCAUCGUACCCAUUUUUUGGUAUCGAUGCUGCAUUGAUUGAUCCUGUAAGUGGUGUUGAGAUCGAGGGUAAUGAUGUUGAAGGUGUAUUGGUUGUCAAGGACCAUUGGCCAUCCAUGGCAAGAACUGUUUACAGAAACCACACCAAAUAUAUGGACACAUAUAUGAACCCCUACCCUGGCUACUACUUCACUGGUGAUGGUGCAGCAAGAGAUCAUGACGGAUUCUACUGGAUCAGAGGAAGGGUUGAUGAUGUUGUCAAUGUUAGUGGACACAGAUUAUCCACUGCUGAAAUCGAGGCGGCAUUAAUUGAAGACACUAGAGUUGGCGAGGCAGCAGUUGUUGGAAUCAACGAUGACCUCACUGGUCAAGCUGUCAUUGCAUUCGUAGCCUUGAAGCUGCAAACCGAUGACGAGAUUGCUUUAAGAAAAGAAUUGAUUUUACAAGUUAGAAAAGUUAUUGGGCCAUUUGCAGCACCAAAAGCUGUCAUUAUUGUACAAGAUUUACCAAAGACAAGAUCAGGCAAAAUCAUGAGGAGAAUCUUGAGAAAGAUCAGUUCCAACGAAGCCGACCAGUUGGGUGAUAUUACCACUUUAUCAAAUCCACAAUCAGUUGAAGGAAUUAUCAAGUCAUUCGCUUCCCAAUUUGGUAAAAAGUAG